UGUUUUAACUGUAUUUAAUCACAGACGAGUCCAACCCUUUAAUUUUUAUUUUAUUUUAGACGGAAGUAAGGACUUUUCAACUUUUUCCCUCUGCUAACUUGACACUGAAGCGAACGCUGGUGGACCAAAACUUCUCCUUACUCAUCUGCAUGUCUGUGUGAGGGACUCGUUGUUAUGUUUACAGCCACUGUUAGCCUGGGGAUGCUAACCGGAAGCUACCGUAGUUAGCCACCAACAACAACUCGCCACACUGCAAGAGAACGAGCUGAGCUGACAGAACCCGGGCGGGUUUUUGUUUGUUUUUAUUUUCCCACCGGUGCACCACCAUCUCUGUGAGGGAUGUGGAAAGUAACUUUACAAGCGUUCGGUGUUCUGCUGCUGGCUUGGCUCUUUGGGACCUUUGUUCUGGGGUGUUUUCAACAAAACAAAGUAAAACCCCAAACGCAGCACGAGCAUCUGAGCAGAGCAUCCGACAGCGGGGACCAAAGCUGCCUAUGCCACCUCACUGGCGUCCUGGACGACUGCUUCUGUGACGUGGAAAGCAUUGAUGUCUUCAACAACUUCAAGAUUUACCCUCGCAUCAAGAAGCUGACGGAGAGGGACUACUUCAGAUACUACAAGGUGAACCUAAAGCGACCAUGUCCCUUCUGGCCUGAUGACGGACACUGCUCCAUCAAAGACUGCCAUGUGGAGCCCUGCCCAGAGAGUAAGAUCCCUGUUGGAAUCAAGUCUGGAAACUACAACAAGCAUACCCAGGCAGCCAACACGAUGUCGGACAUGACGGAGUGUGAGCAGGCCGAGGAGCUAGGCGCCAUCAACAGCACCCUGAGUAACCAGAGUAAAGAAGCGUUUGCUGACUGGGCGAGGCAUGACGACGCUCAGGACCACUUCUGUGAGCUGGACGAUGAAACCUCUCCUGAUGCGGAGUACGUGGACCUGCUGCUGAAUCCAGAGCGAUUCACCGGAUACAAGGGUUCUUCAGCCUGGAGAGUGUGGAACAGCAUCUAUGAGGAAAACUGCUUCAAGCCCAGGUCAGUGUACCGACCUCUGAACCCUCUGGCUCCGAGCAGAGGAGACGACGACGGAGAAGGUUUCUACAAGUGGCUGGAAGGCUUGUGUUUAGAGAAGAGAGUUUUCUACCGACUCAUCUCCGGCCUCCACAGCAGCAUCAACAUCCACCUGUGUGCAGAGUACCUGAUGGACGAGGGCUGGGGCCGCUCAGUGUGGUCUCCCAACAUUCAGGAGUUCCGGCAGCGCUUUGACAUUGCAGAGACGAAGGGCGAGGGCACCCGGCGUCUGAAGAACCUCUACUUCCUGUACUUGAUCGAGCUGCGGGCACUCUACAAGGUGGCUCCGUACUUUGAACGAGCCUUCAUCAACCUGUACACAGGAAACGCUCAGGAGGACGGAGCCACCAAAGACCUGCUGCUGCACGUCUUCAAUGAGAUCAAAGCUUUCCCCAUGCACUUUGAUGAGAAGUCCAUGUUUGCCGGGGACAAAAUGGAAGCAAAGACAUUAAAGGAGGAAUUCCGGCUCCAUUUUAAAAACAUCUCCAGGAUCAUGGACUGUGUCGGCUGCAGUAAGUGUCGUCUGUGGGGAAAACUACAGACUCAGGGUCUGGGCACGGCGCUGAAGAUCCUCUUCUCUGAGAAGGAGAUCAAGAACCUUCCAGAACACAGCCCAUCCAAAGGCUUCCAGCUCACUCGACAGGAGAUCGUGGCCUUACUGAACGGCUUCGGCAGGUUGUCCACCAGUAUAUACCAACUCCACAACUUCCGCCACCUGCUGAAGGAGGACAGGUAACAGGAGGAGCUGUUUGACCUGGCCACUAGGCUGCGCCAUGGAGAACUGCAGUAGUGUGAUCCUCACCCAGUACAGGUCUUUGUCACGGGCAGCAGUGAAACCAUCAACACCCCUUUCCUCCAUUUCUGUCCCAUGAAUCUCGUCUUUCUGCCCUGUAACAUCCUGGUGUUAACUCUUCCUCCUCCUCAUGCCUUUGUUGGAAGUCUCGUUUUCUUUCCUCUGCUGUCAAACCUGUCAGCCAGAGAUGAACUUUGACCUUUUCUCAUGUAGAUAUCUUUUGGUAAAGUUGAGCAGUAAGAGCUGCAGGCUGGUUGUGACACUCGACAGGCCAAACCCUCAGUGAUCAUGAUGCCUGGACGCAGAUUAAACUGUGUUCAGCAGUAAGGUCAUUGUUACUUCCUGUUCCUGUGCUGACAUCACAUCCUGUUGGAUUUUACACUCACCUGGACCUGAUCCAGACCUUUAUGUCUCGUCUGUAGUAAUGUAGAAAGACUUUGUCCAGAGGAAGCACUUGGACGACACAGACCUUUAGAGGAAUGUGCGUCAGGACGUGACUGCCUGUUCUUUGUUUCCUUAUCCUCUCGUUUCUCAUCAUCUCCUGUUGUUUCUAGAGAACUUUGCUGCUUAUAGCCUGAGGAUCUGGACCAACCUGCCCAUAUCUCAGGUCUAAUUUACAUCAGCUCACUAGAAUGUGUGUGUGGAUGGAUCAAUAGUUGCAGCUAUAAUAUCAUGGACUAGACUUGAUUCCACAGAUAAAUAAUCAUACACUUGAUACUAGUAGCAGAUUUUGCUGUUUCAUAAUAACCAACUCGUGGGUCUGCGUUUGGAUGAAUGGGUCAUCGUCCGUCUCUGUCUAGUUGCCGCUGUGUUUUGCAAAAUGCUGCCUGCUUUGCUCUGUUUCUGCUUCGGCUGUGUCUCUUAAAGCUCAACGUUUAUCAAGACCGAUUUAUUUAAACCUAAAAAGUGGGAGCUGUUAGUUUCUCUGAAGACGAAUGAUUGAGUCAGUGUUUUAUCUCGCACUGUAAAUGUAGUUUGUUCAGAGAGAUGGAUGUUCCUCACUAGAGAUGGACUAGUGAGCCUGAGAGCUACUGACAGGCACAGGUGUUGGAGGAGGGUGGAGCUGUGCUCAGGCAAACUGUUUCAGGAGCCCGAGUUUCUCUGAGCAAAGAGAAUCAUGGGAUAAUUUUCUCACUGUCAACAAGCCCCAGGUUCCAGUUUGUCCGAUUUUAUUGGAUGACCAGUUCCAUGAAGACGCAACAAAUCAACACGUGACAGAGUUUCUAGAUCCUGGUGCCAGAAUGACACCUGCUAGUUUUGGUACAAAUACUAUAAAACUGGAUCAGUCCACACAUGGUAAUGGACAAAAUGAAACUGGGAUCCUGCUCCAACUGGAAGCUCAUACAGAAACAACUGAAAUUCAAAUUAAGAACGUUUCCUUCAUGCUUAUCUUAUAAAGAGAACUAUGUAUGAUAGUAAACAUGGGGGAGAACUCAAACACAAAAUGUUUUCACAGUGAUUUUCCAGCAUCCCCUCUCAGCAGGGGGAUAACUGUAUCGCCGUCUUUAUCAACACACUCUGACUUCCUGUCUGCGGCUCUUGGCUCCAAACCCACUGGUUCCUACUGAAGACACAAACCUUUAAAACACCUCACAAAUACAUCAAAACCAUAGCAAUUUCCUGAGACAGCUGCUCAUUGUAGUUUCUAUCAAAUGAACAGGAGGACGGGGGAAGCACUGGGGACUAUUUUCAGCGGCGGAUGAAUUAACAUUCAGUGUUUGUGGCAGCAGGACAGUGUGUGUGUGUGUGUGGGUCA